CCCAAGCAAAACAAUAGACUUCUGUUCUCAAGUUGCCUCAAUUUCCUCGCUGGCAGUUGUCGCUCUUAGUCAAUCUCGCAAAACCUUUACACUUUUUCGAUGCCUCCGGCGCAACCUCGUAACCGAUCUUCCUCGGCCACCGGAUCUCCUUCAUCAUCCGUCAAGGCUCCAUUAAAUCCGGACUCAUUUCUGACUGAAUUGACGGCUAUGUUCGAGCGAAGUACGGAUAAGGGUUCCGUUUGGGUCACUCUUAAGCGAUCAUCGAUGAAGUCUAAGGUGCAAAGGAAUAAGAUGCAAACUGCUGGGGAACCCAUUGAUUACCGAUGCUUGAUUCGGGCUACUGAUGGAAAAAAGACGAUUUCAACUACGGUGGGUGCCAAGGAACACCAGCGUUUUCAAGCUUCAUAUGCAACCGUACUAAAAGCUCACAUGACUUCUCUGAAGAAACGAGAACGGAAGGACAAGCGAAAAGCUGAAUCAAACAAGGCAACGGAGGGCUCCAAGAGGUUGGCUUCUUCAGCUAAGUGAAAGUGAAUGUGUUUUUCUCACAAAAAAAUUAGAGACAAGUUUUUGUGUCCCAUUUGAACAGCUUGAAAAAAUUUUGAAAAGAGAGAAAUAUAUUAGACUAUUUCAGAGCGUUGCACAACCUUAUAUUUUCUGGUGAGCACGUGUUUGUUUAUUUGAUGA